AUCAUCUUCGAAAUUUUAGUCUAUGGUUUGUGUCCAUUGUUUUUCUACAAUGUUAUUUUUCUGACUGCUGCUGGUGGACGAAAAAUUGGUUUCGCUGCGUCUAGUGUGAGUUUGUUCUAGUGUUCGUGUUCGAUAUUGUGAUUUAUUAGUAAUAGAUCACGAAGAUGUCGUCACCGAGCGCUGGGAAACGACGCAUGGACACCGAUGUCAUCAAACUUAUCGAAAGUAAACAUGAGGUGACUAUAUUGGGAGGCCUCAACGAGUUCUGCGUGAAAUUCUUCGGCCCACCAGGCACUCCGUACGAGGGCGGCGUAUGGCGGGUCCGCGUGCACCUCCCCGACCACUACCCUUUCAAGUCUCCGUCCAUUGGGUUCAUGAACAAGGUCUACCAUCCUAACAUCGACGAGGUCUCGGGAACCGUGUGUUUGGAUGUCAUCAAUCAGGCUUGGACUGCUCUUUAUGACCUGUCGAACAUCUUCGAGUCGUUCCUGCCGCAGCUGCUGACGUACCCGAACCCCAUCGACCCUCUCAACGGCGACGCCGCCGCCAUGUACCUGCACAAACCUGAGGAGUACAAGAAGAAAGUAUCAGACUACGUCCGAAGAUUCGCAACAGAAGAGGCUCUCCUCGAGAAGGACGCCAUCACGGGCAUGGGCGGCGCCGCGCCCGCCGCCUCCGGCGCGGCCCGGGCCAACGGCGCCAACACCGACACCGAGAGCUCCAUGAGCGAGUUCAGCGACGACGAGGCCCACGACAUGGAGUUAUAACAUACGACACCGAACACAACUCACCCUUGCUCACUGCUCACUGCCUUGUGUGUCUAAACGGUUUGUUUGUGGUCUAAUGUCACACUGAUUUGACAGUUGUAUUCAGUGCUGCCAUUGGUAUUUUUUCUGAUGUUGGUAUUUUUGUGGCUGGUUGCACUGGUUACUGAUUGGCUCUGGUAGCCUUUCAUGAAGUUAGCAAUAUCUGGCAGAAAUUAUAAGCAGUCUUUAUUUAUAAUAAUAUACACCGUGACUUUUUAGUCGUCUUACAAAGGUGGUCCACUCAAGGUAUCCGACAUAAAAUACCACUAGACACGAUUAUUAAUUUUAUAGCCUUAAUUAAGAUAAUAGGUGCAAAGAAAAAUACUGAAAAAAAAGUUUACGUAUCAAACGGUAGAAAGUAGGUACCUUCCCAACGCGCCGCGCUCUAUUGAUACAAGAUUCGGGCAGCGCUCACAACAGGGUGUUCUUGUAAUCUACGUCAUGCAUCAUAAUAAUGAAUUAAUUUUUAUUUUAAAAUUAUUCAAAUCUCAUAAAUAUUUUUUUUUUUUAUAUGAACGUUUACUAGUCAUUGGAUACAUGAAGUGGGCUGCCGUUGUAAGACGACUAAAAAGUCACGGUACGGUACGGGUAUUUAAAUGACACUGUCGGUAACCAGUGAAACUGAGCCUUAAUCUGGGAACAUUUCAACUGAAUUUCAGCUCCUUAUUGUUUCCAAUUUAUAUGAUUUAUUUAUCAAUGAAUGGACACAUACUUUAGCUAUUUUCUUUUAUGGACUUCUAAGUAAAGUUUUAAUAUUACUUCAAUGCAAAUCUAGUCUGCUAUAACAAUUACUUUACAUUUUAAACUACUCUAUAUUGUGUCCACUAUAAUUGAGAUUUGUAUAUACAUAAUAAUCAAUGUUGUUAUCCAUAUUACUAGAAACCCAACUUUGAUGUCCACACUAACAGACUAUAGUUAGCUCUUUCCGUCUCUUUCACACAACUGACACUACAUAAUGCAAGAAAGAGAUGGAAAUAAAGCAAAUGCUAAUAAUGAAUGUCUGUUUUCUCUUAACUGUCUAUAAUGUCAUAUUGGAUAACUUGAAUAGUCUCAUAAAUGUACGAAGCCGAUAUUUAAAGUAUAAUAUUUAAAAGGCACAGGUAAAAAUAGGUUGCCACGAAUUUAUUUAAAUCAUCACAAGACGGUAAAGAUUUUAGGCCGAGAAUUUGAAAAUAUUUUGGACAGCCUAGCAAAACAUAGAUCAAUCUACAUAUAUGUAUGUUUGCAUUAGACCACAGACAACGAGAAAUACCAACCGAAGCCAGUCUGUAACCAUACAGAAGUUCGCUGCCCGUUUUUAUUGAAAAAAAAAAGUUAAAAAAUAUAUAUCACAAUGGACCACAGACUAUUGCCAAUUUAGAAAUUUAAAAAAAGAUGCUCAGAUUUCCCCGAGGCGGCGAACAGAAAACGCUUUAAAUGUAAUAAAUAUGUAUUUAAAAAUACUAUGCAUGUAAUUUUAAUGGUUAAAAAAUUUUGUCGUUUCGGUGUGUUGGAAAAAUGUUAAGGUUAUAUAAGAAUGUGGCUUUUCUUAAAUGUCUAUGCUUAAGAUUAGCGGCGUUAGAUUGGAAGUGUUCACGAAGUCGUUGUAAAAUGUAGGGUUUUAGGCUCGGAUGUUGGGGGGCGUAACUAGGGAUGAUAAUCGCACGCCUAGGGCUACAGAGGGUUCACCCAAAAAUCUAUGUUUUUAACCAUCAAAUUACUUACGGCCAGUUUCUUCAUCAAAAGUUAAAGUUAAAGUAAUGUCUAAAGUAAAAGUAACGGUCAAAUACGUUUUUUCAAGGCUAUAGUGACAGCAAAACUAAUAGAAAAAUUGAAUCUGACCGUUAAUUUUACUUUAGACAUUACUUUGACUUUUACUUUGGCUUUAACUUUUGAUGAAGAAACUGGCUGUUAAAUGAAUACCUUACCAAACUUACUUUAAAAGAUAUGCUCUGGCUGCGUACAAAAAGGAUUUUUCUAUACAGAACAUUCCUACACAUUGACGAAAGAAUCAGUUUGUCGUAUUUUCUGAAAAAAAAAAAGUUUUACAGUUAAUCCUUUUUAGACCUCGGUGUGCGAUGUGGAAAUGAGGCGAAAGUUUUUCGAAAUAGUUGUUCAUGGCUUUAGAAGUUAGUUAGGGGAUGUUGGCCCUAGUUGCGUCUAGGCUGACUGCCCGGGAUCUAAACUGGAUGGCGAUUAUAGCUGGAAGCUAAGUAAUAACCUCUUUUUGAAAGGAGUCGGUAUAACAAUGUUUCUCGGGCAGUCGGCACUUUGUGUAGGAAUGAUGCGAAUUUAUUCCAUGUCUAAUAUUACAAGUAAUUUUGGACAAAAAAAUACUGAAAUUACCGUUCAAUAAUAUUGCAUGAUGGGUGUUUAAAAAUAUAUAUGUACUUGUACUCUUAAGGAAUAUAAACAUCACCGUUAAAUACUCAAUUUAAAUUACUUGUAAAAUUACAAAUGUAAUAACUUGCAUUUUUAUGUAACGAACAUUUAAAUAUUAGAUGUUAACAUUAAAGACGUAUGCUACUCUUAAAAAAUAACUUUCGAAAAAUAAUACUUGUAUGUAUCAUAGACUAACAUGACCUCUUUAGUGGGGGUUUUUUGUGGACUGGCAACACACACGGUGUGAGUGAGCGAGAUAGCAUUUUGUAAAUAUCCUAUCUGUCCCAUAGUUUAAAUCCAACUUAAUAUGAGCCCGACACGUCGGACUGAAGUCAUCAUUAUAUCUCAUAGGUAUUUAUUUUUUUUUAUUAAUAUGAUUUUAGUUGUACUCGAAACAAUGUGUCAUUGUGGAUUGUCGAUCUCCCUCUCAUGGCGACUGGGUUGGGCGGAAUAACGGCUAAUUUAUUAUUUAAUAUGUGGCCUUUAUAUGCAUGGACUUAAUGAGCAGCUGUGCUUAAAGACAGUAGUUCAAUUAGAUAUUUUUUUAAUACUUUUUCUUCGAAUAUGUUGCACAUGGUUCUAUCAACUAUACAGUUCCACUAUUUAAAAUUGAUAAUAUCUGUCUCUAAUAUCAAUUAUACGCUUUCUACCUCAAAAGUUCGAAACUUUGCACGUUCUGUCACAGCCGGUUCAUUUCGACCCAACCCAUAUUUUUCGUUGUUGGCAACACUAACAUAGAUUGUCUAUGCUCUCGCCAAUGUUACCUGUUGAAAGAAUUGGCGUGUUUUUAGUAACAAAACUGUGAUUUUCAUUUCUUCCCUUGUUUUGUGUGAAUGGAAAAAAAAAUAAGUCAAUUCGUCGAAAGAGGUUGAGAAAUAUAUAUUUAAAUAAAAUAAAAUCUGUACUUAGAAUAAUUGCUGUUUGACGAUUUUAGAUUUGUUUGUUGCUAAUUUUUUUCUUAGCACAAUAAUUAUUUUUUAUUGCUUUGAACACCGCCGGUUAGUUUAUAUUUUAUCGGAUUUUACUUGUAAGCUGAUUUUGCCAACACCAUUGAUUAUCUUCGCAAAAUUGUAUCGUAGUAAUAUUCCUCGUGGUAUUUCCCUAUUUGGGUUGUAUUUGACAAUAUUGUUCUCAGUAUCAUAAAUACAUUGUGUAUUGUGUAAGAUAGAUAAUACCUAUGAAGAUUUUUGGAACAAAUUAUCAUUUUGGCUGAGUCAUUUUCAAACAUUAUUCGUAAAAAUGUCUGCUACAGUUGUUCCAGAAGUAGUCUUAUAACUUGUGUAGUUGUUUUAAAUUAAUUCUUUGUAUAUAAAAAAACAGCGACUUUACAAUAGUUUUGUGGCGGUGUUUCUGAGCAGAUUUCUAGUACGGCAGUCUACGCUUGCACCAAAUAAAAAUUGUUUUUUUUUUUCACGGACAGUCGGCCCAAAUGCUGGAUUUAUUUGAAAAAAUGGCAAUAUUUUUCCUUGUAUUAAAAAUACAUUAAAAUUAGUCUUGAUUGUGUUAUGUAUAUUUGUUGAGAUAUUUUUAUCACAGUGACCAAAACUAGCACUAAAAUUAAUAAAAAGGAAUUCAUUAAUAUUUUUUAAUGAUUUGUAAAACUUGAGGGUUUUCCAAAUUUAGUUUUUUGCUAUAAGUAUGUGAAGGUUUCUAAAGGUAUGUUAAUUUUGUCCUUGUUCAAAUAAAUCCAGUGUGUAUCAUUUUAAAUCUAUGACAAGCUAUUCCUGCCACUGUUGGUGUUCUAGCUAAUUUUGUGAUGUUCUUUUUGUUUUUAUGUUACAAAAUGAUUAAUAUUCUUACACAUAAUAUUGGUAAUAAUUAAUAUUCUUAAUCAUCUUAAUGUGCGCUUCCUUUACUUAAGUGUCAGUCGUUCGUAUGUUUUGAAUAUUAAGUAAAUAAUACAAAUGUUUCGUAUCAGCAUGAAUGUCCGAGUAUCACGCGGCUGACUGUACCUAACAGAAAGAAGUUUUUACUACAUGACAUUCUUUUGCAGUAAUUUUCAUUGUCUUUAGCAUACAUAUCAGUGAGUUUUGCGCACGAAUCAAAAAGAACAUUUCAAAAAAAUAAAAUCAAAAUACAGAUCUCUUGAAGGCUUUCGUACAUAAUGGCUAAUAGAAGUGCUAUAACAUCCAUUACUUGUUCGAGACACAGCAGAAGUUCUACGUAGCUAGAUAAAUUGUCGUGAUAAAUGUACGUCGCAAUAAGCCCAGAAUUCGCCAUUAUGUACACGAGCCGCGAUGUAUGACACAUUGCGAACUCUAAGUGUUGCAAUCGUCUUAAUAUAAGUCCUUAGGCUAUAAUAUAGAGUUUAAAACAACACGAAAUUUAUUAUUAAUGAUAGACAUUUAUCGUAUCUUUGAAAACUCAGCCAUAAUAAUAUAUUAUAUUUUUGGUAAUAAGGAAAUAACAAGUUAAAAAUUUCUUAGUUGUACUUUCUCGAAAAAGUUGGGUUGACAGGAUUUUUCUGGAUAUUUUUGAUUUUCGUCCACCCAGCUUUUGUUGGUAUGAUUCAUACAGUUAGAUUAAAGUCGCUGUGGUGUCAAUGUGUAGCUUGUAAUACUUAUGAAGUGGUCGACGGAGGUUUUUGAAUGACCAACUUUUCAAAAUUUUAAUAGGUGUAAAAAAUAAAAAACGAAAAAAAAAUUGGCGCCUAAUUAUAAAAUGCAAGAUGGCGCAUUUAAAAACCUGCGUUUAAUUAACAAUGGUGACGUGAUUACAAUUUAAAUAAAAAAUAAUGAUUAAUAGGUAUUUUAAUUCUUGACUGGCGAUCUUCACGUCACUAUUGUUUGGUUUAUGGAUAUAUAAUUAUAAUCGAGGUUGAAUAUAUUACCAAAAUAUGACGGGCAAUCCGCUCGGCAGCACGGAAUCAUUUAUACAUGUAACAGAAUAAAAGUUUAUAAUAUUAUAUUUUUAUUUCAUUACAUGUAAUAAACUUACGUUAUUUUUAAACUA